CAAAAUUUGCAUCAUAAGUUAGUCAAGGAGGGACUCACACUGUUGUGUAUAUUGUACACUUAACUUGGAUAUAAAGAGGUUAAAAAGAAACUUAGUACAUAAACUAUAAAAGAGAAUCGUUUGAAAUCACUUAGUUUAUAAGGAUAAAAGCUGAAUUUAAAGAUAUGAAUAAAAGCAGUGAUGGGAGCAAAUCGUGAGUGCCUUUGGAGCUAUUUUGGAAUACUUGAGUACCACGCAAUACAAUAGUCAUUAAUAAAGGAACAAGUGAAAAUACAGCUUGGAUGUAUAUAUGCACCUGUUUUCUGCAUGGAAUAAAACACUGAUAAAAAAGUUGACACGGAUCGGAAUGUUAUUGAUGGAAUGGAUAUUGUUGUUAAAGUAAGUUUAACAUUUGUUUAAAAUGCCAGCUGAAAGGGGUUCGAGGCUUCCAGCCCCCAAGUUUACUCGUGGGAUUCCCCAACCCAGUGAGCCAACAAAGAUUGCCACGACUGUCAAAUUUGAUCAAAAUGGUGACGUAACACCAACGAAAACUACUGGAAAUAGAUUUUCCCAGGGAGAGGCUAAAGAAGGAGAUGGUAAACAAAGGAAAAGUGGAUUAAAAAAACCAUCGUCAAGAAUUAAGCCACCUGGUGGUGGAGCCUCCAAGCCAAUUGAGAUCUCUCCCAAUAAAUCUGUAGUUAAUUCAGGACUUCCACGGAGAAGCCUUGAGCUUCCACAAAACUAUAGCCCCAAGUUGCCAAAUAGAGAGAUCCAUGUUGGGGCAGGAACACCUCCUUCAUCACGCCUUAGUGCUCAUGAGAGUGCCCUUUUAGCAGUGCCGCAACCGGAGGUAACUGAACCUAAAGUUAAAAAAGCUGUUGUCAGUAAACUGUCCAGAUUUCGCAAAAGUGAUGAUAAGAAAAAAGAACAAAAAGUCAAAAUGAGUGAACUUCAGUCCCCAAGACUUGAAAAGAAAGUGACAAUAGAUGCCCCUCCUGAUGAUGAUUCUAAACAAUCAAAAUCUUCAAAUGCAAAACCUUUGACCCCUAAGUCACCAAGAUUUGGAGGACGGAAAUUUUUUGGGCUUGGUAGGAAGCAGUCAAAAAAUCCUGCUCCGUCAAAAGAAGAAGUAAACAUGGUAAAAGAGACCAAACCUACAGAGACUAAUGAGAGUAAAGUAUCUCCUCUUCCAUCACCAGGACCUGUUGAUAGGUUAGUGUCAAGAUUAAGGUCCCCUAGCACAAAACUCCCUCCCCCUGAAAACACUGCUCAUGUUAAAAUCAUAUCAAAGAUACCAUCCAAGGAGAGUCAGAAAGGACCCCAUAUAGACACAGAUGAAACUAAUGCUCAGGGUAAUGUUAGUAAAAUCAAACCAAGGGGCCUUGUUGCUCCUCAAUAUGGUGCUAAUAAACUAAGAUCUCCCACAAGGCCAAAUGUAAUUACCUCUCCGCCCAGUAGCCCUCAUAAAGAGAAGAGCCCCAUGAGAGAUAAUCCCAGUCUUCCACAUAUACCCCCUCCACCUCUGGAAGAUAGCAUGAUUGAACUGGACAGGGCUAAUGCCCUUGAUGAACAUGCUAUACAGAGGAGAGACCAGAAGCUCCAGGAAAUACAGCAGAACUUGCCCCCUGUUCCAGUUGACAUCCUUCCAGAUUAUUCCAGUGAUGAAGAUACCACAAAUAGAAUCCAUUAUGAGGAUGCCAGUGAUUUAAAACCAGUAUAUGAAAAUACUGAAGUGUUAAGACAUACGAGUGGGAAUUUACAACAACAAAGGAUUGGAAAACUGGAACACAAGCCAGUAUAUAAAGGACCUGGUAGUUUUGGAUUACAUUUUAAAAAACAAAUACCUCACCCUCAGGAAUCUGCGGGGGAAAGUAUGAGCCAAUACCCCAGUGACGUUAUACACCAAGUUGACAACCUCACAUAUCAGACUACGACUGAAAUGUUUCAACCGCCUCACUUGCUCAAUAAACCAUUAGUUCUCCAUCAUAACAUUUAUGAAGAUUUCAGGGAGGAUGACCAUGAACAUUAUAAAGAGGAAAAUCAAAAUGUUAAUGAAUUUGACAAGAGUGAGAGUUCUCGUAGUGAGAGUUCUCAUAGUCAUGUUGAUACUGCUGAGUUUGAUUUUGAUAUGAUUGCUAAUGAGAGUGCAACUAUGGCUGCAAUGCUGUCCAGUCAAGAUCAACAUGAUGUGAAUACUGCUGAGGAAGACAAUAAUGCUGAAUCUGGGAAUAACAGUGGUAAUAAAAAUACAGAAAUUGAAAAUGUAACGAGUAAGGUUGAUAUACCUGUUGAAGGAGACUAUGGUAAUGAUCAUACUCAAGCUGAACAACUAAGCGAAACUAGUCAUUGUAUCAGGCAUCAGAAACACUUAAAAGACGUAAGAAACCAAGCUAGACAAAACCGGAAUUCAGGAGGAAUAUUUCUCGAGACACAGUUCAAAAAUUAUGAUAUGGAUAUACAAAAUAAUGUAAGUAGUGAACAUACUAGUGACGUUGAUGAUAAUGAUGAGGAAAUCUAUGACGAACCCUAUGAUGAGAAGAUUGCAUUUAGUGAGACAUCUGCUGAAUCUAAAAGUAUUAAGAGUACUUUCACAGAUAAUCAAUUCCAUCAUUCAGAUGAUGUUUUUGAUAUUAAGGUAAAUGAUCACUUAAAUGAAGUUCAUAAUGAUGAUAAUAAUACAAAUGCUAAUAUUGAGGAGGAGAAUAAUAAUAUGGAAAAGGAAAUUAUCCCCAGUCCCAUUGUCUCCAGUGGGGAUGAAAUAUUAGAAAGUAUUGAAUCGCCAAAAAUUCCCCCAAAAAUUCCACCUAAACCCCAAUCAGCUCUUGCAUAUACAGUCGCUGCCAUUUCGCAAGUCGAUAGCCCAUUGUUAAAGAGGCAUAACAAUAUGGAUUAUGUACCAACAAGGGGUCCAAUCUCGGGAAGAAUGCAGGAUAUGGAUUGUAUACACAGGGGAAGCCCUCGGGAAAGCCCUGUUGUUCCCAGAAGAAAUGUAAAUGGUUUGAUACAGGAAGGAUAUGUGAAAAAAUCAGGGAGUGAUUAUAGCUUGAAUAGUAGUGGUGACACAGGUACGGGAUCUGGAUACAAAUCGGGUUCUGGAUCUGGUGGACAUAGCUUGUCAAGGGACAGAAUUGAUUGCCCUGGGAGUAUUAGUCCCAGAAAUGCUAGUCCCCAUCAACCAACACAACAUUCCGGUUCUCUCUCUGAGGAUAAUAUCAUUACCGAAACACCACCAGAAAGACCUCCAUUGCCUUUGGAUUAUCUUCAGAUACGUCAAAUCCAUAAGCAACAAAUACAAAUGGCUGACACUCUCCAAAAACAAUAUGAGUUUGACACUCCUUCAGAUAAUCAAGAGCCCCUCCAACGUAAUUUAGACCCCAUAGAAGAGCGUGACUUGGAGAAGGAGUUUUCGCCUGAGAUAGUACAAAUUAUGGAAGAAAAAACAGAACUUGCUGAGCCUCCUGAUGAAGAAGACACAAAGAAAACCUCCCUGGAGAGAACCGGGAAAAAGAAUGGAGGAUUACGUGUAACUAAUCCAAAAGACAAUGAAAAUCGUAAAUAUGUGUCGCCAUCUUUAGCCAAAGAAGAGCCUCGACGUCAUACACUUUCAGGAAGCAUGGGUCUGGAGAAAACCAAACAGCCGAAGGAGAUAGAGCGUGAACGUCAGGUUUUUCUUCAUCAUUUGGCCAGGAAGUUUCCCCACCAUGCUUCAGCCAUCAAGGGAAGAAAUGAACAACCAGAGCGUCCAAGUUCAGCCCUAGACCAGCCACUAUCAUCUCCCCGUCGCAAAACAGUCGUCACUUACAAUCCAAACCAGAACACGUCGCAUACCUAUGACAACAGUGACACAAUGUCAGAGGCUGAUACAAGUGCGACUGGAUUUCGCCGUGGUGGAAAACUUAGGGCCAGUUUACCAAUCGUUAGGGAUGCGUCAAAGACUUUAGAUAAACCUCUAGGUCUCGUAUUUCUGAUUUAUCGAGAGGAAACAAAGAGGGCGCUACUCCCUAAUGAGAUCACUUCAUUGGAUACAGUCCGUGCAUUAUUUGUCCGCUCCUUCCAAGACAAACUGACCAUGCGUUACCUUGACAAUCCGUCUAAGAAGAUCUACAUUAUGGACUCUACCACUAAUGUCUAUUAUGAAUUAGAGAAUUUCAGAGAUAUAAAAGACAGGACUGUACUAAAAAUCUAUGAGAAGGACAAAGAUGGAGUGUUCAUAGAGACGUUGAAGGACAACACAUCACCAAAGACACGACUUACAGAAGAGCAUUAUUUCUCAGACUCAGAAACCAUGCCAACCAAUCGUAACACAGUGGCUCCCCCUAGGAGUAGCCAGUAUAACCAAGUACAAGUUAAUCGUAAAAGUGAGACCUUGCCAAUGAGCUUCCGAGAUCCAAUAUAUGAUGUGCCCAGGAGUCAAGCAGCCAAGAGUAGCACCCUCCAACAUAUGGCACCUCCAGGGCGAGGAAGUGCUGCUUCCUCACCCCAGCGGUCUCCAUAUCGACCCUCGGGACUCAAUAUUAGCGCACCAUACAACAGUCCAAACCAGCGCCACUCAAUGUCAUACAUGCCGGCAUCAUCAGUUUCUGAGCCUAUCCCAGAAAGCCGUUUGACCCAGAGUCGCAGUUACCAUAGUUACACUGAAAGUGAGGCCAAUGGACAGAAUGGCCACCAGGAAGUAUUGUCCAAGUCUGGUAGCACAACCCCAGUUAUAGUGGAUGGUGAAGCAGCUCACAGAAUGGAGAAAAUGGAGGCUCAGUUGGCAAACCUUACCCAUUGGGUCCAGACUGCCGUCAUGAAAGGGAGCUUAGAUGGCAGUCAUCCAGGCAGUCGUACAAGUCUCGCAUCAGAAAGUUCUUUCUCGACUCGAAGCAAGUCGGACCACAGUGUGCACAGUGGCACAAAAGGUAGCUCAGACCUGUCUGGUUCAGCCGCGACUCCCAAGGCUCCUGUAAAUGCACUGUUGACGAUGUCAGGGAGAAAUGUGAAGAUGCAGUUAGGGGAACUACGCAGUGACUUGAACAAUCUCCGGAAAGCCCAACAGUCGAAUAUGCAACACAUGAAGUCAUCAAUACAAGACACUAUACAAAAACUACAGCGUGCAAUAUCUACGAUCCCAACAAGAGACAAUGAGGGUGCUUUUUCAGUUGUUCCUGGUGCUAAGUCGCAGCCAAUCAGGGCCCAGCGCAACAGAGUAUCAGCAGAGUUUGAUAGCUACAACCAGGAGAGAGCUGCUGUACAGAAACAACUUAGCAAUCUUGAAACAACGGUGGAGCAGCUGCGCAAUGAUGUCAUUAACAAACGUUCCCGUGUUAACAUGAAUGAUGUUGAAGGAAUGGCGAUGACACUGAGUCAAAUCAGCAAACAACUUGCUUCAUUAAAAGGAAACUUCCCAGUGCUCCAUGAUAAACUGAAGGAGAUCAUGCAGGGAGAGAUGGAGGUCGUAGUCAAGGAAGAGAAGUACCUGAAGGAAGAGCCCAACUAUCUUGACAGUGACCUGAAACGAUGUAAACAACUCACUGGAACUUUGUUUACUCUAAAAAGGUUGGCAUCUGUACAAGAGCAUAGAUCUCCUCCGAAGGAAGUGGCGUCACAUACGAAUGGUCAUGUGACCGAAGACACGAUGCAAAUGUCAGCCAAUCAACAGGACGUUAGGAAACAGCAAAAUGGGCCAAGAAUGGCUCCUCAGAAGAGUUCAGUUAGCCAAAAUCAAAGCCAUAAUACCAAAGAUACAACACCACAAUUGAACAAUAAGCCACCAGUUAACAGUGCCCCUGUUGUAACACCAACAAACAUUAAAGCAGACAAAUCUAUGCCAGAAUUUCGAUUGAAGACUCAACAAGCUGACUACAGCACACAGAAAUCUUCAGCCUCAAGUUCUGGGUCUAAUGAGGUUAAGUUUGCAGACUCAGUUGAUGUGUGGACUAAACAGUUUGAUAUUAGCUCUAAUGCCAAUGGUGGCCCCCCAAAGCCACCUCAUGUGUAUGUAGGGGCGGAUGGUAAGCAGAGGCCAUCUCCCCCAGGAACAAUCAAAUCUGGGGGCCAGGCGAUAAAGCCUGGGGGACAGGGUAUCUCCCCACCCAAAUCUGGAAACCAAAGGCCAACAGCCCUACCUAUGCAAUCUAGCACGACGAAGACACACGGGCCUAGCAAUGGGAAGGUCACUACUCCCACUGAGUCCAGACUUCCUCGUAGUGGCCUAAAGCUCCCUACUCCAACAAGAAACAGCCCAACUGGACUGAAACCACCCUCCCCUGCAGGCUCACUGAACAAGUCCAAGGGCAAUGCCAUCCCAAGGGUGACUAUGUCUCCCACAGGGCCUAAACCUAGCAGUGUGAAGAACACUCAUGAGAAGAGUAAGGUAUCAAAACUGCCCUCUCCUCCUAAAGCCACCACCCCCACAUCUGCCAAAUCUAUCACACCCCCUAAGGUAACCACGCCCAGUGGACUACCUUCGAGAUCAAUGGAAAACCAAGUUUAUGUCUCAGAAGUCACCUACACUCGCCAGGGUUCAGCGGAGAAAGCUGGCCUUAGGAACAAGAAGACUCCUCCUCCCCCACCCCCCAGGAAGAGUAGUCGGUCUAGUGUGAUCAAGCCUCUGCCCCGGGGUCAUGCUCGCAGCCACAGUACACCUCCAAGUACCCGUGACCAUGACGAGUCUGAUUACAUGAAUAUAGAGGAGCUGAACAACCGUAUGAAUGUUUCUCUCCAUGCUCCAAAUAAAUCUCAAGCUGCACACACCCAACAGCCAACCACCAAAGCUAAACCAAUGUCACGUUUCCAGCAGGAUCUUCUGCAGGGGAUUUAUGCGAAUGUAACUAGGCCUGAUUACCAGGAUCAAAACGUGGACAAACUAGGUGUGGUGCGUGCCUGUGAAUCUCCCAAUCCUGCCACUCGCAGGGCUAGUGAUACUGGGAGCUCAAGUAGCGCAGAGUCUCAAGAUGUAAUGAUUAAGAUCAAAACUGCCACAACGAGUGCCAUUCCCCAGGGAGGCUCUCCCCAGCUUCAAAGCUUCCAGCCCAACCCCAGCUCCCCUAGUCAACUCUCCCCUGCUGCCUCAUCAGUCACCCUGAGGGACAAGAGAAACCAGGGUCCCGUGCCCCCUGCUCGGCGUUCCAGUCAGUUAUCCCAGGAGGGGGACCUCAUGGGGCAGCACAAGUCAGAACUCAGUAUGCAGCUACGUGCUCCUCAAGUGAAUAACAAUAACACUACGAUUACCCAGCAUGAGACUCUUACAGUGAAACCAAAGUCUGGGUUCAUAAUAUCUGCAAACUCUGUACGAAGACAAGCUGAGACUGAUAUAUAUUAACAGCUUAUUGAGGAAAACAUGAAAUGGAGUGAACAUAUUAUAAAUACCAAUUUGAUUCGGCUUGUGUGGUAGCAGGACGAUUACAUUGGAAUAUUAGAUGUAGUAAGGCACAUGUCGAAACAGAUUGUUUAUUGACUCUCAAACUUGAAUUUGUACUUUGAAAAUAUAUUUUAUUCACACAAACAAUUAAGUCUGGUAGCCCAAAAUUCCUCAUUGGAUCAGUGUUAAAGCAUAUUGACAAUGGUACAAACGUCAUCAAAUUUAUCACAAGUUUCCAACCUCUUAAGGUUGUUUUUGAGAAAAAAGGUUUCAAAAAGCUUUUAGCAUGUUAUAUGAUUGGAUUCAGGAUUGCUAGAUGUUUUAGGGUGGUGUACCUCAUUGAAAUCCUGCACAAUUUUACACACACUUUAUAUCCUUUAAAAGACAGAUCAUCUUAUAUAAUUGCAUCUAGUCUUGCACCAAGCUCUUUUGAACCCCCUAAAGUUACACCUCCUACACAGUUGGGAAAGCCGAUAGUGGGUCGAGACAUGGGCUCAUACAUGUACAAGUAUAAGUACAAAAUAUUUUUUCUUGGAAUGUGUACAGGAAGCAUUUGUUCUCCAAUUUUGAAAACCUAAGGCAAUACUUAUGUAUGAAAUAUGGGAAGUUGCAUCCCCUU